UGCAGAAAUCAGUAAAAAUAAGUGUUCAUUCAAUAAUUACGUAACAUUUAUUGUGAUAUAUUUUGAACAAGACAUACUUGUUGUCUGAUUAUAUGACAUAUCAUUCUUGAAAUAUUUUUUUUCUUUAAAACAUAUUAAGUUGAAAAAACGAGAGGAUCAGGAUGAAUAAAGAUAGGGCAAAAUGUUCAACAAAACUUAUACAAAUCUAUACGAAGACCAGAUGUUUGUUAUGCUUCGUAUAUUUUUGUUGAUGCAUACCAACGUUUAAAUCUAUUAUUGUCAACAUAAUCGGCUCAAUUUUCAGUUUUAUGUUUGCGGGAUUUAUACUACCGUGAGAGUCGAGACGGAUUGUACGGACCUGCGACAUUCUUGAUAGCGUACUCCAUACAUGUCAUACCCUUCAAUAUUGUGUCGAGUGCCAUAUUUAGUAGUAUUAUAUACUGGGUUUGUGGGAUAUACCCAAGUGCUGAUAUGUUUGGAAUAUUUACUCUCGAGGUGUUCGAUCAUACUGCAUUAUUGGGGAGAAAUAUUGACUGUUGCCUGUCUGGGAAUGUUUAUGAAUCCAAAUUUAGCCAAUAGUGUUGCUGUUCUGCUGCAGUCAGUUGCUGUCAUUACAGCGUCCGGAUAUAUAAAAACAUUAGAUACCCUGGUUGAACCAAUGGAGUGGUUAAGUUACAUACUUAUACAUAGAUAUUCUGCAGCCAUCUUUGUAGCAAACGAGUUUAAAGACCUUGACUUUGACUGUGAUCGAAAUGUUACGUUGAAUUGUAUUGAAAGUGGAAAUGAUUACCUAAACAAAUAUUACCCUGGUGCUGUGGAUGAUAUUGCGAACAACUUCGGGUAUUUAGCAGCUUAUUUGGCAGGGACUCUAAUAUUUGCUAUUAUUGUCUUCAAAUUAUCUUGUUUACGAAAUUUACAUUGACACAUUUGUAAAAAAUUGUGUAAUAAUGCAUCUUGUCAAAUGUGAUAUAUUUUAUAUUGACCAAGAUUAAUGGUCAGUUAUGUUACUUGCUAGAUAUUUUUAUGAAAUGAAAGAAAAAAAGUAAACAGAUUUGAAUUAAA